AUGAACGGCCACCAUUGGCGCUUUACUUCGACCUUCGCGACUCAAGAUCCAAAGGACCGUCGUGAAGCCAAAUAUAAUGCAGAGAACACCGCUGAGCUCAACUCCGGCGCAGCGCUUGCCAUCGUGGACAAGCAACCUUCGAUGACUGUUAUCGACAAAUUGAGAGAUUGGGAGAAAGACGCCGUCUACGAAAUAUGUGAACCUCACCCAUCUGGACGCAGCUUCUCAGUUUCUGGAAUCAUGUGGUCUUCGCCCGAUAGACAUAUAGUCGGAAAGCCCUCCAUGGAAGAACAGUUGGCCGCAAUCAAUUUUGGUAAACUGAUCGGCUCGUUGGAAGGCGGAAAGAUUGUAAAGAUUCCUCAAGCUGAGGACUCUACGGGUGCUAUCCCAGUCAUGGACACUGAGGUUCGCGGAGAGAUGUUCUACUACAUCCCUGCCCAACUCGAGCGGCUUGCGAUGAGUAGCAUUCAUUUCGAGACCACGCCUUCAUUCAUCAUCCUGAAGAAGGGCGAGAUGCCUAGCUUUGUUUUCUGGAAGCGCCUAGCAGGAGUUCUUCCAUCUUACUCUGAGUCGGACUUGAUGGAGCAUAGCAGAGCCAUAAGAUCCGGUGCACCUACACCAGAGGCUCGCCCUGCUCCUGUUGCUGCUCCUGCAUCAGAGACACUACCUGCUCCGCUUGCUGUUAACACCACAAAGGCUGCCGAAGAAGUGGAGAAGCCGGCUCAACCAAUGUGGGAGAUCUUUGACCCUCGUCUCGAAGAAGAUCCCAUUGAGUUCUUGGAUUUCUACAACACUUGCCUGAAUGGACGCAAAGGAAUCAGAAACAAGUUGAUGCUUCGCGAAGCCGACAUUGAUCGUGUCAACUACAUCAGCCCUUGUCUCGCCCAUAACCACAAAGAGAUUGUUGAGGAGUCUGGAGCUGACUCGGCCGAAGCUGAGGAAACUGUUAUGGAAGUCGACCCUGUACCCACCGUCCCUCAAUCCAAGCCCGCCGGAUCCUCUACUCCCAAGUCUAUCAGUCCUGUUGCACCCAAGCGAUGGGUACAGCCUGGUCCUAUCCCCGAUGACGACCCUUCGUGGCUACGUUUCCUUGCCAGACAAGACAAAGAGAGACAAAUCAGAGGCGCACGCAUCCGACCAAAGCCAGUUUUCACCCCCGAGUUCUGCAACGUACCUGGCACAACGUCCGAUCCGAAGAAGGCAGUCCUCAGACGCGAGUUGUAUGACAAGUAUUACCAUCGUGCAGUCACAGCUAACCGCGAGCUCGAAAGCCGCUCCAAGUGUUGUCUUGCUUGCGGACUUCAGUGGACCAAGUGUACCACAACAAGACAUGCUCACUACAAGCAACAUCGUGAUGAGCUCAAGCUUUAUCGCCAACACUGCCAGAACGAAAAUAUUCUUGUCGAAGACCCGCUGCGUGUGGAAAGUCUGGAUCCAGCAAAGGCUCCCAUGAUCAACAAUGUGCCUGCACUCAACUGGUUCAGAGACUUGGAACAGAUCAUUCUGAACAUGGAGAACGAGUUGCUCGAGCGUGAGCAAACUUGCCGUAUCUGCGAUGCUCAUGUCGACUUUGCCGAUGAAAGCAUGUCUGAUCACUACCAGAAGCAUGCCGCUGAGCGUAAGCAGUUGCGAGCUAUCGGAGACAUCGUAAACUCCAUGCCAACAACCCCCACCGUCAUUGUCACACCGACUGGAGCAUCUAUCAUCGAUGGAUCGGCAAAGAGCUCGCCUGCAGGUACCUACACUCGACCCUCCACCACUCCAGAAUACCUCAAACGCAUCUAUAGGCAGAUGAAUGAGGCUCAAGCCAAGAAGGCAGUUAAGGAUACCAACAUGAUGGCCGAUGUCAUGGAAGAAGUCGUUGAGCAAAUUAGAGAGACUGGUAACAUUCAAUCUGGCCCUCACUUGUCGCCUCCAAUCUCGCUCUCUUCGGGAUCCAAGUCAAGCGAGCCUGUUGUGACAGCAUCGAACGACGUGAUGGAUACUACUGAGGAUGGCCCGAUCCACUCGGAUGUCAUUGGCAACACUACAGCUCAACGCCUCUUUCCUCCUUUCAUGACGCCUGCGUCCCAGUCACCUAAAGCUGCCAAGGACAACCUGGAUUUCCUUUCAGGGUAUUCUGGAAACAAAGAAGAGAGUCUUGACUUCCUCUCCAAGUACGAUGCCCACACUGUCCCUCCCUUCGAUAAGGUCGAGCUACCUGCCCAUUGUUCCCCAAGACAGAAUCGCAAUGUCGAGUCCGAAGUCAUUGUAAUCGAAGAUGACGAUACUGAUCUGUACGCUUCCCCUGCCCCUGGUCCUGUCGAUACUGCCGAAGAACUUCCAGCUGACAACGAUCAAGCAGAGAUCGUUCAAGCCAUUCGCAGCAACUCAGGCGAGCUUCUCGCCUUGAACGACACCGCAAUCAACAACAGCGAAGACGACGAGGAGGUGCUUGACGCUGAAGUGAUCGAAAGCGAAGAGGCGAAGGAGGUGCCUGAGGAAUUCGAAACCGAAGACGCUGAGGUGCCUGAAGAAUCCGAGGUUGAUGGCGAUGAGACCGAGACCGAGGCCGAGGAAGUGCCUCCGGAGUUUGGACGCCGCGAAGUUUACGAACCUGACGCUUCUGAUGCCAGCAGCAGUAGCAAGGCCUGGUGUCCACCUCACGAUGGCUUGUUUGAUAACUUAGAGCCAAGUCCUGAGCUCUCGCAGAAUAGCAGCCUCCACAACGCUGAAGAUGAGUACGAUGCUGCGAAACUCCUUGCUCAUGCUAUUGGUCAGAAAGUUCUUCGCAAAAUGAAGAUGAAACUCGACCUCGAAAAAGCGUUCGCUGCUAUUGAUGCGACAGAAGAGUUGAUCUUCAAUGUCGAAAACACAUCUCGCAAUGGUCUUGUUACACUCGAGCAGGAGAUAUAUGGCUACCUUAUAGACCGCCUCUUUAACCUCCACAAGACCGUCGAGCGUAGACGUCCUCAUACCGCGUCUGUCAAUCCCCAGCGGUUCAGCUUCAAGAAUGUCUACCUUACCCCCGAUGAUCUUCUGAAUGGUGUUCAUCUCAAGUGGUAUGAUAUUUGGAGAAUAGUCAUCAAAGCUAAGGAGGCAUUCCUCGAAUGGGUUGCUCAGAAUAGCGAAGAUUCUGUACCGGCAAUCAAAGAACAGAUCGUCGAACUUCUGAGGGGCGUUUUGAUGAACGCAUCGCGCCACGGUUACCAAGACGAGCCCUUCCCUAUCGAUGGUAAGGUGCCUGUUAGACACGAUCGCCUGGACCUCAGAUAUGGGGACCUUCGCAUCAACCAUUUGCUGACGGCAGCACACCGUUGGGGAUGUGGAUUCAACAAUUUGAUGGUUCUCUCCGACCAAGCUUGGAAGAUGGCCAUAGACAUGGUCAAGGCUGAACGUGCAUUACCCAGCGCACAGGGACCUGACACCGCCAGACUUAGGAUCCUAAAUCAGGUCCAGAGGUAUGUUCGCACCGAGAUCAAGAAGGAGAAGCGAUGGAGGCGCAUGACAGGUCAGCGACUUGGGCCGCAGGCACCUGAAGGAGAGCAGUCGGCAAACCAAGCCUCCCCUAACGUCUCAUCCGCCAAAUGGUCCACCGAGGCUGUAGCCAGUACUACUCCUCGCACCCCCUUCAACUCCCCCCUGGACUCCGGUAGCGCCAACAUCGACCAGCAAGGAAAGCAGCGGCAUGACGACUCCUUCCAACCUGGUCCUCCCACUCCUUUCAACCCAGACGAGGAGUCGCCAAGGAUGCCCAAGGUGCCCCGUAAGAAUCUCGACCCAUCGUACCGUCCUGGCUCCGCUCUGCUAGACCCCACUACCCCUCCAGUAACUCCUGGACAUCCCAAGCGCAAGCCCAACCGCGAGACUGAUGGCCGCUUUGCAAAGAAGGUCGAGAAGAAGUUCAAGGGAAAGCAACAAAAGAAGACUGAGAAGAAGAAAGGCAAGAAAGUCACUUUCGACACUGCCUUGAGUUCGAAGUCUUCUUCAUCUUUGAAGUCUUCUACUGCUGCCUCGCCGCCCUCAAAGUUACCAUCUCCCCAGGUAGUGAUCACGAAGAAGCCUGCUAUUAAGAAGUCUUCUACCCCAACGCCUACCAAGAAGACCUCUAAGGCUGCUGCUCCCAAGUCUUCAAAGAGUGGUGUCAAGAAGACAGUAGCAAAGUCCAAGAAGGCUCAACCAGUCGCUGCUGCUACAAGACCAAAGCGUCGAGCCGCCAUUGAGGCCGAGAAGAGUUUCGGCAAGACCAAGAUCAUUGGUUGA